AUGAUGCACGUGAUCACCAUCAAGAUAAGAAACGCACACACCUUUUGUUCUUGUGUUCAGCGUCAUAUGGAGGGCCAAAAAAAAUCUGCAGGUACUUGUCUAAAUCAUGAUGUUUUGAAGAUUAUCUGCGGACACUUGUGCCAAAAGGAUUUGGUGGCGUUCGUGCAGACUUGCAAAGAGUGGAGGUCUGUUGGAUCAAAGCACUUAUACUCUCAUCUCUACGUAACGGAUAAGGUGGCUCGUUUGCCAGAAAAUGCUCCCGAAAGCUUGCCAAAGCCUUCAAAAUGGGCCAUUGUUUAUAACAGUCUACAUGACUCGCUGUGUCUGCUAAAGCUACUAGAACGGACACUAGGCGAAUCGCCUUCGCUAGCCUCUUUGGUUGAGGAACUACACACAGACGACACAGUUUUCGUCCUUUUCAAAUUGCAAAACUGGGCCAGGCGGUUCUUCUCCGAUCCCAGCUGCAGCCUCAGGUCCGUGCAUUACUGCAAUGUUCCCAUCGCUCACUUUCUCGUAGGUUAUGACAGUUUGUGUGCCUUUUAUCAAACGACUCCAGGCUUGGGUAUGUUGACCACGAUCCAGGCGAAGAAUAUCCAGGAUUUAAGCCAUUUGGCUCAUAUUGCAAAAGAGAGCAAUACCUCUCUCAAUAUAAGAAAAAUCAGCUUUUGCUUGACGGAUACGCUGUCGCAUGAGAUUACGCCAUUUGAUGAGGAAGUAAAAAAGGUUUUCUCCGAUGUUAGCCGCUGUCAAGUUAUUUCCUCUUCUGAUUGGGCCCUACGGUUCUUGAAGAAUCUACAUGAAUCUUAUGGUGAGAGCCUUUUUCCAUCUGUCAAACACUUAGAGUUGACUCAUGUUCAUGGUGGCCCCUCGAAUAGCCAUGGACCCCACGAUGAAAGCAAAGAAGUGAAAUUGGACUUUGGAAUUUUGAAGAAUCUUUUCCUGAUUUCUCAGCUUGAAAGUUUGGAUUGCAGAAUUGGCUGCUCCCAUGUGCCAGUUGUCACUGGAGUCAGCGAGGAAUCUGAUUUUGAAAGUGUUUAUGAAGCAGGCCUCGACUGUUGCAUGUGCUUACAUCUGUUUUUGACCCACCUCAAAAACAACCUACUGCCUUCUCUCAGAUACCUUUGCCUCGAAAGAAGAGGUUCCCUGUUUUGCUCAAACCCAUACUCUACUUAUCAAUUUAAAAGAGAGCUUGCAGAUCUUUUUGCAAACAUCAGAGAAACACAUGGCCUACGAACGUUGAUUCUAGAUUCGAAAUCAGAACUAGUUCCACCUUGGGGCCUUCAUUUGGAUGAUGAUAUAUUAAUCAAGUCUAUAAAUCAUGCUAAUACGCUUCUUAUGAGAAGCAUCAGAGGCCUUGGUGUGGAUGACACUAAAAUCAUAGAUGAUAUCGAAGGCUUCGUUGUGUGGGAAGAAUACUCAAAAGGCACUAAUUUGGGUCUGAUGGAAUUUACUGCAAAUCAUUGCUCGGAAUGUAUGGAAACAUACCAGGAUAUCAUGGACUUUGUUUCUGUCAAUGCAAAAAUUCAGUUUUACCUUGACCCGACGUAUAAGAAGUCCUUGUCUGAAUUCUAUUACGAUCUUUUCGGAGUUCUUUUACUCGUUUUGCGAAACCCCAUGUUUGCUCAAGUCAUGUUCAAAGAAUCAUCAAGACAUGGCAAUUCGGAAAGCGAACGCCUGUUCAAUAACGCUAAAAUAGCAAACUUUCUACCUUCGUGUGAUGAGAUCUCCAGUCUGAUGGGAGAAAUGCUCUUGUCGGGAUGCCUUUCCUUGCAUGACUUAUUUCGCCAUGAUAGUUACUUGGAUCUUGUGGUUCGCAAUGGUUAUGCCCACUCCAAAAGAACAAAGAUUCCUUGCAAAUGCAAAGGGAAUGAAGUACAGCGAUUUGUGAAAUUACUCAUGCACUCGCAACACGGCAUAAAGUGA